UUCAUGCACACUCAAAACGAUCUAUUUCCUCUCCUUAAGCUUUCUUUCAACAUUAUUCAACCAAUGGAGAAAAGUAUGUCGACCUUUUACUCCCAUGCAACCACCACCACUAUUCUCAUCAUACUCCUCAUCCUAGCCACAACCUCUUCAUCAUCAUCAAACCCAACCUCCUCCCCACUCCACUUCUCCAAGUCAUUUAGAUCCUCGCCAUCCCAGUCAUCGCCAUCGGUCGCGAACCCUGAGAAACUGUUCGACGACACGAUCCAGUCCAUCCUGACUCAGCUGGCUCAGUCCACCAGAACCAUGGCCUCCCAGCUGGUCACCGCCUCCACGUCGUCCCUGCAGAACUCCACUGAGGACGACCCUGAAAUCACCUCGACCACCACGGGACCCGUGGGGGACUGCAUGGACCUGCUGGACGACACGUUGGACCAGCUGUCCAACGUGGCCCACCGUCGUCACAACCCGCGGGCCCACACCCACGACGACGUCCAGACGUGGCUCAGCGCCGCCCUCACCAACCAAGAGACGUGCAAAGAGAGCCUCCAAACCCCGCCGUUGAAAAAUCCCCACCGCCACCACGAACCGAUGAAAGCCAUGCUCCUCCAGUCGUUGGCUCGAAACAUGACCGCCACCGUGGAAGCUUCGCUAGCAUUAUACGUGAACCACAUCCGUACUAACAACAGUCCACGUCACGUCAUGAGCCCUAAAUACCGUAAAUACCCUUCUAAUAACAUCCCCGGCGGCAGGAAGCUGUUGUCGGCGGCCUCGUCGUCCUUCCCCGGGUGGCUGCCCGCCGCCAAGAGGAAGCUUCUCGAAGCUUCCGUGGGCGAGCUGGAGGUCCAUGCCGUGGUGGUGAAGGACGGAAGUGGGACCCACACAACCAUAGCGGCGGCGCUUAGGGCGGUGACGAUGAGUGGUGGCGCCACCAUGGCGUCCGGCGGCGGGGGUAGUUCGGUGAUUUACAUCAAGGCCGGUACUUAUAAGGAGACGUUGAACAUUCCGACGAAGCAGAAGAACGUGGUGUUGAUGGGGGACGGGAAGGGCAAGACCGUCAUUGUGGGGAGCAAGAACGCCGACGAUGGGUCGACCACUUACCAAACCGCCACCGUUGGUAAGACUCUUAAAGAGACACGAUAUAUAAUUUGAAUUUUGAUAUUCACGUUUAUUUUUUCUUCUUUAUUGUCAACGUUUAAUUAAUUUGAUUCAUCAUUAUCUACAAACUAUGCGAUGCAGAAUUGAGAUUAGAUUGAUAUUAAGUUGAUUGAAAUCGGAACGUAUUUUUCUUAAUUAAAUAAAUAACAUCAAUAAUUCAUCCACAAUGAAGAGUCUGGCUAGCUAAUUAUAUGAUGUAUAUGCAUGGGUCCAUCUAUAUAUGUGUGAUUUCGUUGAUAGAAAUAGUUGUUAAUUUCAAAUUACGUAGAACAUAACAAAUCAUUGUAAUUCGUAAGUACUAGAUUCUCAUGUGGAUGUAAAUUCUCUUAAAUAAAAAAGAAACUACGUGCAUGUAC